UCUCCAGAGGUGGUGUGCAGGACCAACCACUACCUCACCACUUUGAGUCUAAGAAGUCAAAAAACUCAGGCACACCCUAAGAGAAAAGCAAAGCAGAGACAGCACACAUCAAACAACUAAGGAACCUUCAGCUGUCUGCAGUUGAUGCUGGUCAUCUUUGACUAUUCUAAUCUUCACAAGAGGACCAGAGGUGCUGCAAUGAAUGGACAGAAAAUGCAAAGCUCUGGCCUGGUCUUGCUCAGCCUGCUGGUAGCCUCAGCCUAUACUGGGAAGAUUCUGAUCUUCCCUGUGGAUGGCAGCCACUGGAUCAACAUGAAAAUCUUGAUUGAGGCUCUUCAUGCCAAAAGUCACAACAUUACAGUCAUUCGACCUUCAGACAGCUGGUACAUUGAAGAAACAUCACCGUUCUACAAUUCCAUCACUUUACCAAUAGCAGGGACUUUUGAUAAAGAUUUCAUUCAGAAUAUUAUAAGUAGGCUCUUGGAAAUUAUGAGGGAGGGUUCCACAUGGGCUCGCCUGAAACUCGAGAAGGAGAUGUGGGACAAAUCAGUUGAAAUGUUUGAGAAAGAGAGAAGAAUGUUAAUCAGCAUAAUUGAAGACCAGGAACUAAUGCAGACUUUGAGAGAUGCUAAAUAUGAUGUGUUUCUUACUGACCCUGUUAUAAUGAGUGGCACAAUUCUAAGUCAUUAUCUCAACCUGCCUCUUGUCUUUAAUGUUCGGUGGACCGUACAAAAUGAGGGACAUUUUGCAAUUGCUCCCUCACCACUUUCUUAUGUUCCAUUGCCAAUGUUGGAGCUAUCAGACCACAUGAGCUUCUUUGAGAGAGCAUUUAAUGUUGUCAUGUACAUGGUAACUAGAUUACAGAUUAAGUAUUUUAUGGAUUCAAUAUACAAUGAUUUGUGUAGGCAACUUCUUGGUCCAGGAGUAAACUACUUUGAAUUAGUUCAAGCAGCAGAUCUGUGGCUGUUCAGAGUUGAUUUUAUCUUUGAGUUCCCUCGCCCUACCAUGCCAAAUUUUAUCUACAUGGGUGGUUUUCACUGCAAAGCAUCCAAACCUCUUCCACAGCAUCUUGAGGACUUUGUGCAGAGCUCUGGUGAACAUGGUGUCAUUGUCAUGUCUCUGGGAACGUUGGUUGGUCAACUUCCUCAUGAUGUAGCUCAUUUGAUAGCUGAGGCUUUUGCAGAGCUUCCACAAAAAGUUAUCUGGAGAUAUAAAGGGGAAAGACCUUCCACAGUGGGGAACAAUACAUUAAUAAUGGACUGGAUGCCCCAAAAUGAUCUCAUUGGCCACCCAAAGACCAGGGUAUUUGUGGCUCAUGGUGGAACCAAUGGAAUUCAGGAAGCUAUCUAUCAUGGAGUUCCUAUAGUUGGUUUUGGACUCGUCUGGGAUCAGCCCGACAAUCUUGAAAAAAUGAGGGUGAAAGGAGUCGCAAAGAAUGUGAAUUUUGCAACUGUGGACAAAGACUCAUUCCUUUUAACCUUGAAAGAAGUUCUACAUGAACCUUCAUACCGAGAAAAUAUGCAGAGACUCUCCAGACUCCACAGAGAUGUGCCAAUCAAACCAUUAGACAAUGCUGUGUUCUGGAUUGAGUACCUGAUGAGGCAUGGAGGUGCAGCUCAUCUACGUACAGAAUCCUACAAAAUGCCCUGGUAUUCUUACCACUCGGUAGAUGUUUUAUUGUUCCUCCUGACUGUUCUUUCAUUUAUUGCCUUCACUACAUUUGUAAUCAUCAGACAUGUCUGCUGUAGGCGGUGCAUUAAGAAAAAAAGGGACUAGAUAAGA